GUACCUAUUGUGUAUGAAAGAGAACAAAGCUUUUAUAUCAUUAUGAUACGAAAACAAUUAAAGCCGAUAUUAAAACAUCGAGAAUUCAUAAGAAAGAAGCAUUUAAUAUUUCAUUUCUUCUUUAUUUUGUAUCUUCGUUAAGGAAAGAGACAUUGCAUGCGAUUGUAGCACCAUCGGCGGAUUUUUGAACGUGACAGUAGUGAAGAGGGGGCGCAAUGGAAGGUUCGCUGUAGUGAUUACGUCGGCAGGAGUGUUGACAUUUAUUUGAAGGGUACGGAAGAUAUGAAUAAGCGGAAAGGAAGAAGUUUUGGAAUAAUAACGAAUAGAUUUUUAUGACUCAUUUGUAUAUUGGAAUGUUUUAUUCAGUGGUGUUCGGUGUCUAUUUCAUGACUACAUGCUACUACAAAACUCGGUGCGCGUGAGGGCUUUGGCUCGAACUGCAACGCGCCAUAUUGGUUUGAGACAAUUGCUCGUGUUAGUGGGGGCCUGACUGAUACAAGUUUUCUAUCAAACCAACGUAGAAUUAUUUAUUUCACGAUCAUGGAGGAGACCAAAAUUAUUUACCAUAUUGACGACGAAGAAACACCUUAUUUGGUUAAGCUGACUAUAUCACCGGAGAGGGUGACUUUGGCAGAUUUUAAAAAUGUCCUCAACCGACCGAAUUACAAGUAUUUCUUCAAAUCAAUGGACGAUGACUUCGGAGUUGUGAAAGAAGAGAUUGUAGAUGAUGAUGCGCAUCUUCCAUGCUUCAAUGGACGAGUAGUCUCAUGGUUGGUAUCUGCCGAGGGUAGUAAUGUAUCGGAUGGUGUUUCGCAUUGUACCGAUUCUGUAGCACAUAGCGAUGUAAAGCACGAUCGUGUUGAUCAUGUAACACCAGGACAUACGAAUCGUGGUCCACCACCACUUUCGCAUGAUGAUACAUUAACAGAAACUGAAAGUAUUAUAAGUAGCCGACAAGGGCAUCAUUUACAUAAAAGUUCAAGACAUCAUACAGAUAAAUAUGAGAAAUAUAACAAAUAUAAUGGAUUGCGAAUAAACGGUCAUUCUAAGCAUCGCUCUGGUCAUGGCUAUGAAACUGCCUCCAUAUUGAGCUCAGAUCUAGAAACAACAACGUUCUUAGAAUCGGAUGAUGAUGCAAGUAGUCGUAUUACAUCUACAACAGGUCGUCAUACUAAUAUGAGUAGUGCAGUUGACAGAGCAACUUUAGAUCGGCGUAGACCUCAAAGAAGAAGAAGACACAGAUUACCUCCUAUGUCUAGAACAUCUUCAUUUAGCAGUAUCACAGAUAGCACAAUGUCUUUAAAUAUCAUAACAGUUUCAUUAAAUAUGGACACUGUCAAUUUUCUUGGAAUAAGUAUUGUUGGGCAAAGUAACAAGGGUGGAGAUGGAGGAAUUUAUGUUGGAUCUAUAAUGAAAGGGGGAGCUGUAGCUUUAGAUGGCCGAAUAGAACCUGGUGACAUGAUUCUUCAAGUUAAUGAUAUUAAUUUUGAGAACAUGUCGAAUGAUGAGGCGGUAAGAGUUCUACGUGAAGUCGUACAAAAACCAGGACCUAUCAAGUUAGUUGUUGCAAAAUGUUGGGAUCCAAAUCCGAAAGGUUAUUUUACUAUACCAAGAACAGAACCAGUGCGUCCUAUAGAUCCGGGUGCAUGGGUGGCACAUACAGCGGCUAUACGAGGCGAAGGUUUCCCACCUCGUCCACCAAGUGCUACAACAUUAACAUCUACAUCAAGUAGUCUUGCAAGUACUUUACCAGAUACAGAACGACCACUAGAGGAACUUCACCUUACCAUUAAUACAGAUAUGCCAACAAUAGUACGUGCCAUGGCACGUCCUGAUUCGGGUCUGGAAAUUCGUGAUCGCAUGUGGCUUAAAAUUACAAUUCCAAAUGCAUUUAUUGGGGCAGAUGUUGUUGAUUGGCUUAGCACACAUGUAGAAGGAAUUAUUGAUCGUCGCGAAGCUAGAAAAUACGCAUCAUUAAUGCUAAAAGCUGGAUUCAUCAGACAUACUGUGAAUAAGAUCACAUUUUCCGAACAAUGUUAUUAUAUAUUUGGUGAUCUGUGUUCUGCUAUGAGCAGCAUGAAAUUAGACUGUGACACGGUUGGACCUUUACCACCUCCUAAUGCUUGGGACAUGCCUUACUCAGGGACAUAUGCACCUCAUUCUGCGACUGGUUACAGUCCAAUGCCAUUUAAUUUUACUAAUGAACCAACUGUAUAUGGAUAUCAUAGAGAGGAAAGUGUUCAUAGUGGUUCAGGUGGUAGCAGUGCAGGUAGUGAACAUAUUUGUAAGGAACCUAUCCACGACUUGAAGUCUUGUUCUUCAGCAUCCGAAUCGGAAUUACAUAUCCCAUCUGUGCCAAGUAUGCCAAGUAAGAAUUCUGGUAAUGGGAAUGGUUCGAAUGGUAAAAGGUCAAAUGGAAGCCAUAGUCGAUCCAGUGGCUCUGAGCAAUCUGUACAGACAGGAACUGGUUCAGGAACUCAACAAAAUCAACAAGACUUAUCUGGCCGACGUAUGCACGAAGAAUGUCGCACGCAGACAAGUAAUUUGGACAACAAUACCAGAGAUAAUAUUUAUGAAGAAGACAUUUUGGAGUACCAGUUUCUGCAUAAGUGAAGAUUUCUGUUAUCACGUAAUACGUAUACGCAAUGACAUUAAUAGACGUUAACAGGAAGUUAUGGUAUAAUUCCACGUCGUUUUAUUAAGUGGACGGAAGUAGCACAUGCGAAACAUAUGUUUAUAUAUUUAAUAGGCCAAUUUUGAUAAAAUGCUGUAGAAGGUAAAAUGUCCAAGCUCAUGUAAUAAUGAUUUAUAAUGUCUAUACAUAAUAGAGUUAAGGUCAUUGGAAUCUCUAUGUGACAAAUGUGUCCUUUUUUGAAAUGUUACGAUUUGUGUUAAUUCAUAUGAAACAUUUGCAACAACAGGGGUUGUAUUACUUAUGCAGUAUUCAUUACACACACAUACGCGCGCGCAUGUAUAUGUGUGUGUGUGUGUGUAUAUAUGUGUGUGUGUAUACACAUAUGUAUAUAAACACACACACACACGCACGCACACGCAUUACAAAUUACUGCGAACAUGUGCAGGUUGACAGAGCUUAUUAAUUCUCGUAAGUACAUCAAGUACUAGCUCCUGUUUGAUAACGCGUUUCAAACAUCUCCCCAUUCUCACAUUAAUAGUUAUUAAUAAUUCUACUUUUCCAAUUUUCCAUCAUUAGAAAAUAAUCUUUGUUUCCAAACAGUUUCAAAUCUUUUACCUCAUAGAAUUUUUGAUAUCCACAUUUCUUUUUUUUCUUUUUAUAAAAAAGAGGAAAUUUUGGAAGCAAGAUGGAAAAAGAAAUACUAAAAAAAUUUACCAAUACAACUAUCUGUGAACUCUUUACACAUACGACAAUAUAAUUUGCGCCUAUCGUAGAAAAUAUCGAAUAAAGAAAAUAUCAAAUAUAUAGAAUAUGGAAACGAUUUAGGCUUUUGUAAACGUUAUUUUUUCGAAAGUGGGAAACAUCUCGUUGCAUUAAAAUUAAUUGUGAUAUUACACAAAUUUCAACAAACUAGAACGUAUAUCAAAAGUGCAAAAUAAAAAUAAAAUAAUAAACAAGUAGAAACGUAGCAACGAGAUGAAAAAAUGGUAUAAUCUAUGCUGGUAUAAUCUAUGUAGCCAACCUGUACGCAUACACAUACAUGCAUACACAAAACAUUUACCAAGACUUUUGAGGUCUCAACAUAGGAUCAAUAAUAUUCAUUCCAAUUUUUAAUGGGUCAUGAACGUCAUUUUUUAAGUGCGCAUACUAAAAACUCACGGAAACUUAUAUGUAUACGCAUAUAUAAACACAUAUAGAUAUACAUAUUAUAUUUAUUUAUAAAGGAAUGUAUAUACAUUUUUUAUUGUUUUUACCGAAAAUUCUUUAUGUGUAUAACUUGCGUGGAAACAACUCGUGCGUUUUCGAACCGCUGUGAGUAUUACGUAAUAAAGUAAUUAACAUUAACAACGUGUACAGAAUGUAUUUCAUUGGUGACAUGGAAUGUCUUUUUGAUAAUUCAUCAUUAUUCGUAAAAAAUUGUAAACAUUAGUAGCGCAAAAUAUUAAAGAAGACAAAAUAUAAAAUAAUGAACGUAUUGUUCAAAGCAUAAAA